UCUUCUCUUCUCACCGAUCUCCCCACCGGUUAUUUAGGGUUCGUUGCGAUCCUCCCGGGACUUUCCUCGGAGGUCGAUCCCUGGUUUAGCUCCCUCGAUUCGCUUUUGGAGUUUCGAUUUCGGCCUUGGCGCGCCCGGUCGAUCGGUGCUGCGGCAUUGCGUGAUCGAUCGCGUCUGACCUCAUUAGCAGCUAGUAGUGUUAUCGGGUUGAAGUGAUAAGCAGUUGAUUUCUCUAAAGAACAUACAAUCUCAAAUGAUCAAUUUUUUUGUGUGAGUGCUUAGUAAUUCUUACAACGAUACGUUGUCAGGAGGCCUCUGAUUGCUGAACUGCAAGCACAAUUGCAGACAACAAGACAUUGAAGAGGUGGUCUUACAUCAACAGAAGCAUCAGAUAAAUACAAGGAUAAAGUAGCUGAUUUAUCAUUUGAGAUCUGGCUGUCAGAUAUCAUAACACUUCUGAACAUAAUUUUGUCAGUGAUCAGGAACCUAUGGAUUUGAAGUCAAACCAUAGUUCCCCUGUUUUCACCGAUCCUGUACAUUUGAGCAAGUCAAGGUUGGGCUUGCCUUCUAACAUAGCACCAUAUUCUACAGCAGCACAACCGUAUUCGUCUUCUGGUUUGUGUCUACAGAUUCCCAGAAGAAAAGUGGGUAAACUAGAUGAUGUCCGUGCUAGUGGUUGGCUGGAUGCCAUGAAAUCCUCAUCACCUCCUCGCAAAAAGCUAAGCAAGGACUUGAUCUCUGAAUCUCAGUCAGAUGAAACUGAUGCUGCAUAUCUCACAUGGAUGAUAAGCUGUCCAUCUGCUUUAAACUCGUUUCACAUAAUCACAACCUAUGCCAAGUGCAAGAGUGUUGUAUUGUUUUUGGACUAUGACGGAACUCUUUCACCUAUAGUGGACAACCCUGAUGCUGCAUUUAUGUCCACUGCUAUGCGAGCUGCUGUGAAAAAAGCUGCUAAGUGCUUCCCAACUGCAAUUAUUAGUGGAAGGUCCCGUGAUAAGGUGUAUGAGUUUGUGAGGUUAUCGGAACUGUGCUAUGCUGGUAGUCAUGGGAUGGACAUAAUGGGCCCACUAAGAGAAUCUGAGUAUGUCGGUGACCAUCCGGACUGUAUCAGGACAACUGAUGAGCAGGGUAAAGAGGUACAUCUUUUCCAGCCUGCAAGUGAGUUUGUACCAAUGAUCAAUGAGGUUUACAAAUCCCUCUUAGAUAUCACUAAAAAUAUCAUUGGUGUCAAAGUUGAGAACAACAAGUUUUGUGUCUCCGUACAUUAUCGCAAUGUUGAUGAAAAGAUGUGGGAAGAAGUUGGAAAGCAUGUGUUUGGCCUUUUGAAGGACUUUUCCCGUUUGCAAGUUACACAUGGGCGUAAGGUUUUAGAAGUUCGUCCCGUUAUUGACUGGAACAAGGGCAAAGCCGUCGAGUUUCUGCUUGAAUCCCUCGGGCUUAGCCAUCGUGAUGACAUACUCCCAAUUUACAUUGGAGAUGACCGUACUGAUGAGGAUGCAUUCAAGGUAUUGAGAGAGUGUAACCAUGGAUUUGGUAUUCUAGUCUCGACCGUGCCAAAAGAAACUAAUGCUUUCUACUCUCUGAGAGACCCAUCCGAGGUACAAGAAUUUCUCAAGUCCCUGGUAAGAUGGAAGAAUUCCGCAUCAUCACAAACUGAAGACUCUACGGCCACAGUAUAAAUGCUAUGGAAAGCAUACUUUGGAAUAGACAAGUAGUCAGAGAAAUAAAAGUCUAGCUUAAGGACUCCAAUGUUGGGUCAGUUUUUUAUUUUUGUAUUUGUUAAUUGUUUCUUUAAGUUCAAGGGCCGUGUUUCUCAAUGUUGUAAUCUCUCUUGUUUCUUUCCUAAAUUGUUAUCCAAUCUUCUAUGCAAUAGCAAUUUUUUUUCUUUCAUUACUUACCACAUUGUAACAAAUAGUUACAUCUAUUGUAAUCAAUUUUCAAGUAUGUCAGUUUUUUAUUUGUGUUAGUCGUAAGGAGAAAUAGGAAUUUUAAUUGUUGAAAUAAUAAAUAUUUUAUUUUAUUUUAUUUUUUUUUACAAAAGAUAAAUAAAAAAAAGACCAGAUUUGAACUCAGAAUCUUAUGAUAUUUAAUACUUUCAUCUUUAAUUCAUUUUUCUUAAAAUGUUAUAGAUCCCUAUUUUUGUUUAAUUAACAUGCCCGAAUAUAUUUUAUUUAACAAAAUUAUUUUCUUCAAGAUGAGAUUGCCGUUACCGCCUCCAUAACAGAUUCAGAAAAGCCGAGAUAAAUAUCUUCUCCUUAUGAAGCAGUGGAUAACCAAAAUCAUGAUCUCGUCCUCUUCUAAAACCAGAGCGGAGAUGCAAAGAUUCGAAGCUCUCCCGCCGGCCCGGCGAACGCUUCCUUUGAGGAGCGAGGCGAGCGCCCGCACCACGAUCCUCAACCGGCCCUUUGUUCUCAAUGUCCUCGCCGCCAAUACGGACGGAGGCAAUAGCUAAAUGCUUUGUCCAUGAUGCAGUUGACGUAGCUGUGGUGAGCUUCCUGUUUCUUCGUGCCAUCAUGAUCCAGUUUAUUAGGGAACUGAAGAGGGAAAAGAAGAUCAUAUGUCGUAAGAUCAAACUUGUUUCGUUAGCCUGACUCGUAUAUCAAUGUUCACUGUUUUCCAUGAUGCAAUCUCUCGUCUUCAACUUUCAAACUAUGAUAUCUUAAUUUUUAAUCAGUGCAUUACUUGCUUCCUGUGUCUAUUGGGAUAUUCUGAUCAUAUUUUUCUAUUUACAAUGUUAGCUAUUACGUGAA